AUGUCAUUUAUAAUCCAUAAUAAUAUACUCCCGAGUCAUCUGGGGAAAACUUUCGUCAACGAUUUUUCACGCUUAAAACAAGUGAUAAUAUCCCGGCACAACUCAAAUUCUCAAUCAAGAUGGUUAGAAAGACAAUGGAAUGAUCAUUACACUCGAGAGGCAAAACUACAAAAUCUAAAAUCUAGAGCUGCGUUUAAACUAAUUGAAAUAGACGAUAAAUUCCAUCUUUUUAAUAAAUCUAAGACUCAAUCGAUCUUGGAUCUUGGCUUUGCUCCCGGUGCUUGGUCACAAGUCAUUAAAUCAAGAUCAUCUCCCGAUUCGAUGAUUCUUGGUGUAGAUAUCUUACCUUGUACUCCUCCACAUGGUGUGUCUGCCAUCCAGGCAAACAUCCUCUCUAGAAAGACUCAUGAGUUAAUAAGAUUAUUUUAUUCCAAACAUUUCAAAUUAAAUACCAUUGAUAAAUUACAUAAGAAUCAUGGAUAUUUUCAACAUAUGUUAGAAGAAGAACUGAUACGUUUAAAAGAAACAGAAACGUAUAAGGAAGUUUUCUCAUCAGAUGAUAAUAGUAAGAUAAUUAAGAGUCCAAUAGAUAUUAUCUUAAGCGAUAUGUAUGCACCUUGGCCUCAAGAUUUUAAUUCAAAAUUUUCUAUGAAUAAUAUUACUAAUAAUGCUUACAUUAGGAUGGCAAAUACGUCAGGUCUAACCGUGAGGGAUCAUGCUCAUUCCAUUGAUUUAUGCGAUGCUGCAUUGAUUACCGCUAUAGAUCUUUUAAAACCAAAGGGGAAUUUCGUUUGCAAAUUGUUUACUGGUAAUGAGGAUAAACUGUUCGAGAAAAGAGUUCGGAAAGUUUUCCAAGAUUGUUAUAGAUUUAAACCCAAAAGUUCAAGAAAUGAAUCGAAAGAAGUUUAUAUUAUUGGAUUAAACAAAAAUGAAGCCAUUGAUAAAUUCGACGUCUUUACAACUUGA